CCAGAUAUUCGCUCUCUCUGCAGUUGAGCUGGUGCAGUCCCCCACCUACUUACCUCUCUCUUUCACUCGAAUCUCUCUCUGUGCGAUCGGUUCAUACGUCCUUCAUUUAUCCACCACAAUUCCUUGCGCACUCCUUCAUUAGAUAUAGUUCCACAAUCAGAGAGGGAGAAUUUUCAAUUUCUCUGCUGCUAUUCUGUUUGUGUGCGAAACGAUGCCGUUGGCGCGAGUGGAUGUGAGGAAUGAAUACAGAUUGGGAACUCCAGAGACGUACAUUGAGGCGAACAACGAUGAGCCUAAAGAGAUUCUCCAAGGAGUCGCCGUUGCUGGCCUCGUCGGGCUCUUACGCCAGCUCGGUGAUCUCGCUGAUUUUGCAGCAGAAGUUUUUCACGGCUUGCAGGAAGAAGUGGUGGUGACAUGUUCUAGAAGCCGAGAGUUGAUGGCUCGUGUGCUCCGGAUUGAAGCAGAAGUUGUUCCAGUUGAGAAAGAUGUAUUGUCACAACAGAGCCACUUACACCUAGCUUAUACUGCUGGUCUCAAUAGGCAAACUCAAGCUCGAUGUGAACGAAAUCUAUUUGUAUAUAGUGACAUGCCUCAGUUUAUCUUGGAUUACUAUGAAAAUUGCCGUAGCCCUCCACAAUUUCACUUGCUUGACAGGUUUGACCCUGGUGGUCCUGGAUCAUGCUUGAAAAGGUAUUCAGAUCCAACUAUCUACAACUUUGCAUCAAAGGCAUCUGGUUAUGCAAGUACUGGGAAAGUUGAAAAGUUUAACAAGUCAGAAAAGAGUAAGAAACAAAGUCCAUGCCCGAGGAAUGGAGAAGUAUCACAAGAUGCAUCCUUUGCGAAUCUCAUUGCCAGCAUGCAGUCGCCCUCUAAUGCAGGUCGCAAUACUUCUCCUUGCCAACCAACAGAUUAUUCUUCAUUAAGAUCAGAUGUGCAUGAACAGUCAGAUUCAGACAAGAGAAAUGAGUUAGGCUGCAGUAAAGAUGAUAUAUGUUCAAGUUACUCCAUGAAAACCAAAGAAGAAAAAUCAAGAGGACUGUCAGCUCAAAUGACUGGUGAUUACUUGAAUCCCAUCAAGGCGAAAAGCAUUGGAUCUGGUGUAGGAAAUUCUCAAGAGAACUGUGCAAUGCUUCAUGGGCGAAAUGAAGAAGAUCCUUGUUCAUCUCCUCCACUCUCUCACAUGAAAAUAUCAGUCCAACCAAUUGGUGGCUUUGUGACUUCGAAAAAGAAACCGAAGUUCAUGCGAGGCAUUAUUGAUCAUGGCAGCAUAGAUGUAUUGCCUUCAUUUCAGUUACUUCCAGAGGUUUCCAGCACUGGGCUGAAUGUUGCUUCAGACUCAGACGAUGAGACAUUCCGAGCAGCAUCACCUUCUUUAUCAGAUGGCUCUGAAUCAAGUCCUGAGCAGUUCGAGUCCAGAAUCCAGAACCAGUCAUUCCGAUAUGAGCCAGAAUUUGCAACAGCUCCUGAUCUUCCUCCUCUACCUCCUGUUCAAUGGUGGGCUUCAGAAAAGAGUCAUGACACGAUGCCUCAGAUCUCCAACAACGCGUUUGAUCUUAUGCAUACAGCGUCUUCAAGUUCUCAGCAUAAGCCUGCCCCCUUGAAUCAUGACCAAGAUUUGAAGACUGCAAAUGAGCAGAAAAGCAAGCCGAUCUAUUCUGAGAAGUCAGAUGCCGAAGGAGAAGCUAAAGGGAACAAGAACAUAGAUGAAAACAAUUUCCUCAACCAAAUUAGAACAAAAUUAAUGAGUCUGAGACCAACUGAGCCAUCAGGGACCUCUACUAAUGUCCAAGGAAUGACGAUUCUUGACAAGGCAAAUGCCAUUCGCAAGGCUGUUGGAAGUGAUGAUGAGUGAUACAUGAUUCAACACCCUAACUAUCAAUAUGGUAAAUUUUUUUGAAAUAAAUUAUUCAAAAAGUAUAUACCAAAUAUUAAAUGUUUAUUGGUUGUACGUAGAAGAUUAGUAAUUAGUGCUAUAAAACACGGAAUCCUAGUUUAGCAAUUGUCUUCUCGUGCUUGUACUCCACCUCUAACUCUAGGUUAGCUUUCCUCUACUUCUAUCAAAUCUUGAUUCUUCCUUAAUUUAAGCCCACCUUAAUUUAAGAGAGUGAGCUCUGGUCCCUUUUUCCCUUUUUUUUUCUUUUGGGGGUGUUUGAUACUUUUACCAUGUAUAUAUUCUCAAGAAAAUAUUUAUGAUUAUACUCAAGCUUCUCCA